GCUUCAACAACCAUGCCUGGCACCGGCGUCGUCGACGCCUUCAAAAAUCUCAUUAGACAUGGAAAGCACCACAAUCACCACGCAUUAAAGGAAGAGCCUCCAUCUCCGACAGCCUCACGUGUUGUUCGUCAACAACCACAAGCACAAAGCAAUCCACCGCACGAAAUCCCUCACCCUCGGGAGGCCGCAGAAAUUAUCGUCAACGAGGAGCGCGAGGCCAAAACCAAGAUGCCCCACUACAGGGGACUUGAGAAUUUCAAGCUAAUCGAGAAGAUGGGAGACGGUGCCUUCUCUAAUGUCUACAAAGCGCUCGAUCUUACAACGGGCAAGAAAGUGGCUGUAAAAGUCGUUCGGAAGUAUGAACUCAAUGCAUCUCAGCGAUCAAAUAUUCUCAAAGAGGUGCAAAUAAUGCGCGGCACAAACCAUCCGUCCAUUAUAAAGCUGUACUCUUUCUCGGAAUCUCAGGAGCAUUAUUUUCUCGUCCUCGAAGUCAUGGAAGGCGGGGAGCUUUUCCACCAGAUUGUCAAACUCACUUACUUCAGCGAGAACCUUGCCCGCCACGUUAUCCUCCAAGUGGCCCAGGGCAUCAGAUAUCUUCAUGAGGAACGUGGUGUUGUACACCGUGAUAUUAAGCCUGAAAACCUCUUGUUCGAGCGGAUCGAAAUCAUUCCUUCAAAAGAUCCUAUUCAUCGGCCGUAUGAUGAGGAGAAGGAAGAUGAAGGCGAGUUCAUACCUGGAGUUGGAGGUGGAGGGAUCGGACGUGUCAAGAUCGCCGACUUUGGUCUUAGCAAAGUUGUUUGGAACGAAGAGACGAUGACGCCAUGCGGCACAGUUGGUUACACGGCUCCAGAAAUUGUCAAAGACGAGCGAUACAGCAAGAGCGUGGACAUGUGGGCUCUUGGAUGCGUCCUCUACACGCUGUUGUGCGGGUUUCCGCCGUUCUACGACGAAAGCAUCAAUGUUCUUACGGAAAAGGUUGCAAGGGGUUAUUACACGUUCCUGAGUCCUUGGUGGGACGACAUCAGCCAUAGCGCCAAGGACUUGAUCACCCACCUCCUUUGCGUUGACCCUGCGCAGCGGUACACGAUUGAUGAGUUCCUCGCCCACCCAUGGUGUAACGCUGCUCCAGCUCCACCCCCACCUCCGACUCCUUUCACUUAUGGUGACCUGAAAGGAAAACCCCUGGACUCCCCCUUGUUGUCAGCCGCACGCGGUGGCCGCAAUCACGAGGGUCGCAGUCCUGGCAUCGCGACGCUGAAGGAAGCUUUUGAUAUAACAUAUGCUGUCCAUCGGAUGGAGGAAGAGGGUGCCCGAAGACGCAAGUAUAACGGUCCCGGUUUCCUCGGAGGCUUAAACGAGGAUGAUGAGGAUGAGGACGAA